AUGGGUAGCCGUGGAGAUGAGGUAGCUCUCAGUCUUACAGCACCCGCUGAUGCCGAGAAUCAUCAGAUCGUGGACGUGGUUGAUCUGCUGCCCGGCCCCAUCUGGCACAUCAUCUUCCGCCACUUGCUGCUGGGUAGCUCCUCCGGCGCAUCACAAGAGGGAGGAGCAGGCAGCGCCUCCGGCGCAUCACAAGAGGGAGGAGCAGGCAGCGCCUCCGGCGCAUCACAAGAGGGAGGAGCAGGCAGCGCCUCCGGCGCAUCACAAGAGGGAGGAGCAGGCAGCGCCUCCGGCGCAUCACAAGAGGGAGGAGCAGGCAGCGCCUCCGGCGCAUCACUUCUUAGUCGACUCAAAAAGAAGCUGCAAAGUCCGGGUAACUCCUCGGGCGCAUCACAGGAGGGAGCAGGCAGCACCUCGCCGGGUGCCACUGGGAGUGGACUUCUGAGUCGACUGAAAAAGAAUCUGCAGAAUUGGGGUAAUUCCUCGGGCGCGUCGCAGGAGGGAGGAGCAGGAGACGCGUCCACCACGGAGCAGCAACUUACGGAGGCAUUGAGGACCUUCGGCGCCUGCUGGCCUCUGCUGCGCUGCGCCAUGGUCUGCCAGAGGCUCCUCCACCAUGUCGCCUCCUUCCCCGUGAGUCUCUCAUUGCUCCCUCUUCUUCGUGUCCAUAGCUGCGUGUGA